CCCCUGGAUCAUAUAGUGCAGUAGUCGGCAAAGAAAAGUGACCACAGCCAAAGCCUGUUCAGCUGUUUGUGCGGUGGGAUCUCCACCAAAAGGACCCGGUUACCUUUAGCGACUGUUUCCACGCUGGAGAGGGACACCAAGCGGAUCAGCGGGAUUAGGAGGACUCGUUGUCGCUGCCGCGUUUUUGGACACUUCUGUGCGCACGGCGGAUCUAUGAGGACGCAGGGAGGUUUUUCACACUCAACACCAGACAGAGGGAACAGGGAGUGAUUCACCCCCCUGCCUGCCGCCCCCAUGCCGGGCAUUAGCUCCACCGCGCCUCGUUAUGAAAACUGGGACAUGGACCACCUCGACCACUACCAACAUUAUUUCUACGACGACCACCACGACCCGGACGAGGAUUUCUUUAAGUCUACGGCGCCAAGCGAGGACAUAUGGAAGAAAUUCGAGCUGGUACCGACCCCGCCCAUGUCGCCUAUCCGGGCAGUGGAGGGGUCGGGCAGGGUCGGGCUGCUGUACCCGAGUCUGGGGGACAAGCUGGAGUGGGUGUCUCAGUUCUUAGGGCAGGAGGACGAGCAGCAGCACGACCUGCCCUGUAAGCUGACCACCAGUAACGACUCUUUCGGGAAUCUGAGCUCCAUCAUCAUCCAGGACUGCAUGUGGAGCGGGUUCUCAGCCGGACAGCAGCUGGAGAGAGUUGUAGGGGAGCGCUGCGCUUCCUGUCCCGGGACGGGGGCGGCUGCCAAAGUGGCUGCCGGGUGUGCCGUCGCGUCCCCGGGGAGAGCGCAGAGUGCCCCCGCUGAUGCCUCAGCUCUGGGCGGACUGGCAGCGGACUGUGUGGAUCCGGCUGCGGUGCUCACUUUCCCGCUAACCGGGGGAUGCAAGAAACAAGUGUCCUCUGGUUCUGAGUCUCACACCGACUCAUCAGAUGAUGAAGAUGACAAAGAUGAGGAUGAAGAGGAGAUCGAUGUGGUGACAGUGGAGCACAAGAAUCAGCAGCAGCGCAAACCUCGGCGACUGGUCAACGCUCGGAAACCAGUGACCAUCACGGUGCGAGCCGACCCCCUGGACCCCGGCAUGAAGCGUUUCCACAUCUCCAUCCACCAACAGCAGCACAACUAUGCUGCACCCUCCCCGGACACGCUCCCCCCACCAGCAGAGCCACCACGCAAGAGGGUGCGACAGGAGGCCUCCACCCAGGCCUCCCUGCUGCACCAGAACUCCCACUACCAGCAGCCCCGCCCCGGCCACGCCCCCCUGAACUUGGACAGCGGGAAGUGUCAUGCGAGCAGGGUAAGGUCAGAGUCACCUAACCUCAGCGCCUCCUCUCCUACCUCCUCAACGUCACCUUCAUCUCCUCCCUCCUCCUCUUCCUCCACGAGCUCCCACCCUCAGAGCUCGCCCACAAAGCCCCACUACUUCUCCCACCUCUCCAGCCCGCAGUCCUCGGACUGCGAGGACACGGACAAACGUAAGGCGCACAACUUCCUGGAGCGCAAGCGUAGGAACGACCUGCGCUCGCGUUUCCUGUCUCUGCGGGACGAGAUCCCGGGCUUGGCGGACUGUCCCAAGACGCCAAAGGUGGCGAUCCUGACGCGAGCAACAGAGUACCUGCAGCAGCUGCACGCCAGCGAGAGGCAGAAGGCUCUGGAGAGGAAGCAGCUGAAGGCCAAGCAGCUGCAGCUGCUGCAGCGGCUGGCACACUUGAAACGAUCCUGAGCGGCGGGGUCGGCUGUCACACACACGUACACACACAGAACUGUACGGGAUGACAUGAAGGACAAAAGACACUAAAGUUCACUUUGAAUUGGUCACGUUGGAAUAGUGCGGGUGGAUUAUUUUUGUUUUCUACUUUUGUGGUUUGCACAUUAGCUUCUGAGUGAUUGACAAGGUCGUAAGCCAGUCAGGACAGCAAGCUAGGGACUGAUUUUUAUGGGGCAUCUUAUAGGCAGAUCAAUAUGUCCAUGGCUACUCAACAUAGGUUUGUCGAACUGUUAUAUUCCCCCUAGAACAAAAAAGAACUUGCUUGCUACAAAAGUGUUGUGCAGCACUAUUUAGUUAAAGUGAAAACUGCUGCAGCUGUGCUGUUAAAGUGCUGCAUGGUGUGCUCAGACGGUCAUGAUUGGGCUUGGUGUGCUUGCAGCAGUGAUGUCUUUAUGUCAUCAGGCUGAAGCAACCUUAAACUUUCUCUUCCUCCAUGUUUCAUCUCAUACUGCUCCCUGAUCCUUAAAGUUUGGCAUGCAUUGAACAUUUUGUCAGGUUUUGCUUAAUCCCCCCCCCCCCUACACUCCACAGAAUCUUCCUUUUCCUUCUCUUGUCCUCAGUAAAGCCUCUGGCUUUAUGCGCACCGGUACUCACUUACUUGCAGCGUAGGCAAUAGUGGGACUAUACCGAGCCAUGAAACAAUAUUACAACUAGAUGGAUCAUAUACCUCUAAAACAGCUCAGGUUAAGUCCUAACUUCAGUGCCUACAGAUUUCCACACACAACUUUUCCUCCUUACAUCAUCAGUGUUUGCACAGCAGCACCAUGCCCACAGUAACAGCCUGUUCUGUAGCAGUAAUAUUAAGAUGCCAUUGGUUAAAUUUAAUGGUAGGUUCAAUUUCAAACAACUCUAUGAAGAGUUUCCCCCAGCUUUCUCUCAAUCUUUAAUAACUGUGCCAUGGAGAUGAGCAAAAAGGUGAAUAUUGGCUUCAAAUGAACCACCAGAAAGAAUGAAAUGGCUAAAGUUGAAUCUCUGACGCCAUUUUUUGCUUGGAGAUGAAGCCCUGUGAGUUCCAACUGUACAUUUCUUUCAUCUUGCUGUCUGAUAUUUGUGAUUUGAUUUUCUUUUUUAUUUUGCAUUUGAUGUAAAGCCUAUAGAAGCCUUUCAAUGUAUGUAGACUAUCCUGUUGGAUGAUGUGUAUAUAGUACCCUUACUGUACAGUCCCUUCCAAACCAAAACCAGAGCUGUCUACUAAACUCAUCCUAGUUUCUUUCAGCCCUGAGUCCUACACCGGGGCCAAGCUUGCUGGCUUCUCAAAGAUAACUCAAAGCUUCUAUUUUUGUUAAUAAAAUGAUUAUGAAAAAGAGUCAAAAUAAAACACUUACUGAACAUUGA